UUGCUUAUUUCAAAGCGACACUUUUAUUUUUCGAACAAUGGCAAGCAGGUUUCCUGAUCACGUCGAGGAGAAAAGGUCUUCUGAGGGCAGUGAUGGUCCUGGUCCUGCGGAGGAAGUUCCCGCGUCCAGGCCCGUUAAACCGUCAACAGGCGACUGUGGCCCUGUUCCACCCGAGAAAAGGUCUUCCCAGAGCAGAGAGGGUCCUGGACGUGUGCAGGAAAAUGAAAAGUCCAGUCCCGACGCGCCGUUAAUCGUUCGGCAUGGCCGUGUUCUACCCGUCAGAGAAGGAGAAGAGAUACCAUUCAGGACUUGUUGGAAUGCGGACUGGAAUUAUAUAAAGUGGAGGGGGAUCGAAGAUAGAGUAUGCAUAGAUCACUGGCUAGGUCGCUGCUAUAUGACUAGAGCAUUUUGUCCGUUGGUACACUACAGAGUGAAUGACGAUUUAGUUGGCCUACCAGUAUCGUAUGACCCUGUGCCGGAGAAUCCGCCUAUGCAACUAAGAAAUCCACCGAACGCUUUUGAAGAAGAUAUCAUCAACGACAUCAUUGCCGAAAUGCUAGAUGCUGUGGAAUUGUUAUAAGUCAUCACCCCGAAAUGUUGCAUUUCGUGACGUCUUAAAAAAAGUCUUGGUCACAAUAAACACAUCAUAACGUCAGCUGUCUUAGUCUAGAGCUCAAUGCCGAAUUUAUGUCGGACUUUUCCUGUUGAACAUGCAUAACGGCCAAAGUCUUUGUCCGUAUUAUCGAGAACAUUGUAGACUGAGUGUUGCCAUUAGACAUUCAUCUCUCACGUGUUCGUUCGUAUUUGGUCGUUCGUAUUUCCGCUACAUGUAUCUAUCAAAAAUAUAAAUAA